AAGAAAAUCCCUUCAAGCUGGGAAGACUAUCUUCGCUUACGGCCAUGGGGGUCUCUCUCCGCCACUUUUCUCCUUCUUCUUUCUGGCUCUCGCGCCCUCCUCGCGCCUCCUCUUCCUCUUCCCUUCUUCCGUUACUCCUGCCUCGCCGUAGAAUCCUUACCAGAAAAGUAGCUAUCACCAAUGGAAGUGCUAGAUAUUGCACUGCUACAGCUUCUGGUGGGUUUCAGCAUCCGGGUCGUCAAGGGUCUUCUUCUACUAUUGAGUUUAGUGGAGAGUGGAAACUUAGUGUUGGGUCUAAGACUGCCAUAAUGGUUCCACCAACUGUGUUAAAAACUGGAGCUGUAAGUGCUUGGAGAAAGGGGGAAGUCAAUCAGUUUGGAGAAAGAAAUGGAGAACAAGCUCAAAGCCAGGUUGAUGGUUCUGGUAAUUACUUCAGAAGCUUCGUCCCAAAGAUAGAUGAUGUUCAAUCUUAUGGAAACUAUCAGACCUUGGAGCACCAGCUAGAAUCCAGAGGUGACGUUACCACUGUUGAUAGAGAGUUAAAUGGCUUUGCGGAACAGAAGAGUCUAAGAAGACCUCUAGUAGCGUUGCCAAGGAAGAAUGUUAAGGCUGGGGAGAGGAUAGAUGACAAGGAUGUGCAGGGAAGACAAAAACCUCUUGUUGCGUCUUUUGACGGUGCAAGAAGUGAGAAUACGGUAACCAUUUCAAAAGUGGGAAAACGGACAGACUUGUCGAAAGUACGUGCGAACCUUUCAAAAAUAUAUAACAGGGUUCGUGUGGUGGAUAAUGUGUCUACUGCAAAGGAAAUUGUGGCUAAGCUCAUAAAUCAGUAUAGGGAUCUCGUCCAUGCUUGUGAUACAGAGGUGUCAAAGAUUGAUGUGAAGAGUGAAACACCUGUGGACCAUGGUGAGCUUAUAUGCUUCAGUAUAUACUGUGGAUCAGAAGCAAACUUUGGAGAUGGAAAAUCAUGCAUAUGGGUGGAUGUUCUUGGCGAAAAUGGCAAGGAUGUCUUGGCUGAGUUUAAGCCAUUUUUUGAAGACUCAUCAAUAAAAAAAGUAUGGCAUAACUACAGUUUUGAUAACCACAUUAUAAGAAAUUAUGGAAUCAAGCUCUCUGGUUUUCAUGGUGAUACAAUGCACAUGGCACGGUUGUGGGACUCGUCUAGACAGACAUCAGGUGGUUAUUCUCUGGAAGCACUUACAAGUGACCCAAGAGUUCUUGGUGGAACUGAUACAAAGGAGGAAUCAGAACUAUUUGGUAAAAUAUCAAUGAAGACGAUUUUCGGCAAGGGAAAACUGAAAAAAGAUGGAACUGAGGGGAAAGUGGUGGUCAUUCCACCUGUUGAAGAGCUACAAAGAGAUGAUCGAGAAGCUUGGAUUUCGUACUCUGCGUUGGAUUCUAUAAGCACACUAAAGCUUUACGAGAGCAUGAAGAAACAACUGCAAGCUAAGAAAUGGUUCUUUGUUGGAAAGCUAGUUUCAGGAAAGAACAUGUUUGAUUUCUACCAAGAGUAUUGGCAACCUUUUGGUGAACUUCUUGCUAAAAUGGAAGCGGAGGGGAUGCUAGUAGAUAGAGAAUAUCUUGCACAGAUUGAGGUUGUAGCCAAAGGAGAACAGGAAAUUGCUGUUUCUAGGUUCAGGAGUUGGGCCUCGAAGCAUUGUCCUGAUGCAAAGCAUAUGAAUGUUGGCAGUGACACGCAAUUGCGACAGCUCUUUUUUGGUGGCAUUUCUAACAGUUGUAAUGGUGAGGAUCUUCCAUAUGAAAAGCUUUUCAAAGUUCCCAAUGUUGACAACGUGAUUGAAGAAGGUAAAAAAAGAGCCACAAAGUUUCGGAAUAUAAAACUGCAUAGGAUUAGUGACAGUCCUUUGCCUGCUGAAAAGUUCACCCCCUCAGGCUGGCCUUCUGUUAGUGGAGAUACUUUGAAAGCCUUAGCUGGGAAAGUCUCUGCAGCGUAUGACUUUACAGAAGUCUCUGCAGAUGAUAAAUCUCAAGAAGAAAGCAUCGGAGAUGAGGAGUUUAUGUCCCUACCAGAUGAAGUUUUAGAAACACAAAACUCAAAUACAUCUGCUGAAUCAGACACAUCUGCUUUUGGAACAGCAUUUGAUGCGUUUGGUGGGGGUGAAACUGGAAAAGAGGCUUGCCAUGCAAUUGCUUCAUUGUGUGAAGUUUGCUCCAUUGAUUCUUUAAUAUCAAAUUUUAUUCUUCCUUUGCAGGGAAGUAAUGUAUCAGGCAAAGAUGGUCGUGUUCACUGCUCCCUGAAUAUCAACACUGAAACUGGGCGGUUGUCAGCUAGAAGGCCAAAUUUGCAGAACCAACCUGCUUUGGAGAAAGAUCGGUACAAGAUCCGUCAGGCCUUCAUAGCGUCACCUGGAAAUUCCCUUAUUGUUGCUGAUUAUGGGCAGCUGGAACUUAGGAUUCUGGCACAUCUUGCUCGUUGCAAAAGCAUGAUGGAAGCUUUCGUGGCCGGUGGUGACUUCCACUCAAGAACAGCCAUGAAUAUGUAUCCACAUAUCCGUGAAGCUGUCGAAAAUGGUGAAGUGCUCCUUGAAUGGCAUCCACAACCUGGCCAAGAGAAGCCGCCAGUGCCAUUAUUGAAGGACGCCUUUGCUUCUGAGAGGAGAAAAGCUAAGAUGCUCAACUUUUCGAUUGCAUAUGGGAAGACUGCUAUUGGGCUUUCUAGAGACUGGAAGGUUUCAGUAGAAGAAGCUCAAGAAACAGUUAAUCUCUGGUAUAAUGAUAGACAAGAAGUCCGGAAAUGGCAAGAACUACGCAAGAAAGAAGCUAUACAAAACGGGUACGUACUGACUUUGUUGGGAAGGGCUCGUAAGUUUCCUACAUACCGUUCACGGGCCCAGAAGAACCAUAUCGAACGAGCAGCAAUCAACACUCCUGUUCAGGGAAGUGCGGCUGAUGUCGCCAUGUGCGCUAUGCUGGAGAUAACAACAAAUGAACGUUUGAAGGAGCUUGGUUGGAAGCUGCUUCUACAAGUUCAUGAUGAAGUAAUCUUGGAAGGACCAAGUGAAUCCGCCGAGAUAGCUAAAGCCAUAGUUGUGGACUGCAUGUGCAGACCCUUCAACGGCAAGAACAUUCUCUCAGUUGAUUUAUCGGUUGAUGCCAAGUGUGCUCAGAACUGGUAUGCUGCUAAGUAACACGAAUAGAGCAAACUCUUUUCAGCUACUGAAAGCUUAACUACGAGGCGGUGCUCUAGGUUUAUUUUUGUUUAGCUCAUCAGCUUUGUAAAAAGUAUGUUCAUAUGCAGGAAAAGACAAACACUCUUUUUGCUCACAAUGAAAUGCUAACUGUAUUGAAACAGUUUUGGUAAGUAAAUGUUAGGCUUUUUGACAAUUGCUCAAUCCUUAUAGUGUUAAAACUUUGAUUCUUGUAUGGCGUUUCACAAUUACAACGAAGCCUCUGUAGCAAAGAGAGGUUCUCCAAGUUUGUCUAAUCCAACGGCGGGAAGUUAACCAAUAAGAGAAUAAGUGAUCUUAUCCAGACAGAACAAAAAACAUAAAGAGACAAACGAGUGGAUG